AGUACCCGCCCUUUUGAAGCCGCCAUAUUGUACAUGUCUUCCGCUUUCAGAGGCGAAUCACAAAGGGGUGGCAAACAGGAUUAAGAAAUUGCCAAUAAUUCUGUCCAAGUUUUCAUUUCAAGCUUCAUCUUAUCAUUUUAUAAUUGUGUAAACAUGUCAGAACCUAAUACCGAUCACAUUGACUCCGUAGAAGAAGAAUUAGAAGUGGAAUCUAACUACAAACCCCCACCAGAAAAAACAAUAGAACAAAUUCUAGAAACAGAUAAAGAAGAUGAAAGUUUACGCAAAUAUAAAGAAACUCUAUUGGGAGAAGCAAAGUCCGGAGGUGUUGUUGUAGAUCCAAAUGAUCCCAGGAAAGUAAUAGUAAAAAAGUUAGCGCUGUGCGUAGCAGAUCGGCCAGAUAUGGAAUUAGAUUUAACAGGUGACCUAUCACAGUUAAAGAAACAGACAUUUGUAAUAAAAGAAGGUGUUAGCUACAGAAUCAGGAUUGACUUCAUUGUUCAACGUGAAAUUGUGCAUGGCCUAAAAUAUGUUCAAAAAACUUAUCGUCUUGGAAUGCCAGUGGAUAAGAUGAUGCAUAUGGUGGGUUCUUAUCCUCCAAAAACGGAAAUUCAAUCGUAUACAACACCAACGGAGGAUGCACCAGCUGGAGUAAUGGCACGUGGUUCUUAUAGUGUAAGCUCUUUGUUUACUGAUGAUGACAAACACGAACACCUAAAGUGGGAAUGGUCAUUUGAAAUUAAGAAAGACUGGAAAGAGUAAGCUCCCUUUUAUAAUGGGAAGCCCUACAACGAUCGCAAUUAAAAUAAAAAUGCCAAAAGGGACUCUAAUUUUUAUAGAUAUUCAGUCAUACUGCGAUGCCAUAACUGUAUUUUUUAAGUAAUAAGAGAAAGAGUAACAUUGA